AUGCCACCCAAAUCAAAGCAGUCAUCCAGACAGACCAAGAGCAAGCCCAAAGCCCAGGCUCGUCAGCGAACCCCAAGCCCGCUUAACGAAAGCCAUGAAAGUUCGGGUGAUGACCAGGAGAUGGAGGAUCAAAGUAGCGAUGAAGAGGCUCCCAGGCUGGACAUGAAAAGUCUGUUGAAGGCUUUGGAAAACCAAUCUAAACAAAAAUUGGCGAAGAAGCAAAAUAAAACUUUUCAAGAGAUCGAAUCGGCUCUCCAAGGCGUUUUAGUCGAUCGAUUGAACAACUUGGUCAAAACCCAAGAAAGUGAACUGUAA